AUGGAAAACAUUGAAAAACAUAUAGUGAUUCAAGCCGAUACGCUUGAAAAGGUGAAAAAGGCGCACGUUAACUACAAAAAAUCGCCUAAGGAGAGAUUGACGGCUGGUUAUGUGAAGGGAAGAAUAGAUACACUGGAGUUGUACUGGAAAGAGUUUAAAGUCUUACAUGAAAUGUUAAUUUUGUCGAUUCCUAUGGAACAGCGUCAAGCUACAAAUUAUUUCGCCGACAACAUGUUUGAGGAAUUUGAAGAAGCGUAUUACGCAUACAAAGGCGAAAUGAUGUCUAAGUUAGAUUGUAUGGUGCCGACAAAAACACUGGUGCAUGUCACAGCGGAGUCGGGGCAGUCACACGUGCUUCGGGCUCUCGUGGACCAGGGUUCAGAGGAGUCCUUCGCGACUGCAAGGGCGGUCGAGUUGCUGGGUUUGAAGAAAACUAAAAUCAGCGGAGUGAUCUCUGGUGUUGAGGAGUGUGAGACGACUAUCAAACAUAGGCACAUUACAAGUCUACAUGUUACAAGACAAAUUGAAGAAGAUAAUAAUCUCCUGAAAAGGUUUUGGGAGGUAGAAUCUGAACUAUACACGAAGCAGAGCAUGUGGACGAAAGAGGAAGAAAAGUGCGAGGAAAUAUAUCAGCAAACAACAACGAGGGACGAGACAGGGAGGUACGUAGUACAGCUUCCUUUAAAGACAACUUUUGAAGACACUGUAAGAUCGUGUGGAAAUACAAAGCAUCAGGCAGUAAUCAGAUUAGAGCAGCUGGAAAGAAAGUUCGCCCGAAACGAGCAUCUGAAAGCAGAAUACACCAGAGUUAUACACGAGUACUUACAGUUAGGCCAUAUGAAGAAGGUCGACGCAGAAGAUGAAGGUCAUGAAGAUCUCGACGAAAUGAAAGCAACCUGUAAAGAAAUAAAUGCAUUAUUAAAGGCAGGUGGUUUCGAGAUGCAAAAGUGGUCUAGUAACUCUGAAGAACUCCUGAAGGACUUGGUUGAUGGCACGAAGACUCCGGAACCUGUAAAAGACAAAAAAGAGAUUAAAUUAGAUAAAAUAAUAAAAAUACUGGGACUUACCUGGGAUAGGAAGGAUGAUACUUUUCACGUUUCAGUAAACUUACCAGCAAGCAGGAUACCUGUAACAAAGAGAGUGAUUUUAUCUGAUGUUGCUAGCUUGUUUGAUCCUUUUGGAUGGCUCUCACCUGUUGUAAUAACAGCCAAAAUCAUGAUCCAAAAAUUAUGGCUUUGUCAUUGUGGUUGGGAUGAUGAGUUAUCUUCAGAGUUGGUUGAAGAAUGGAUGAGCUUCAGAGACGAAUUGCAUGAGCUACAAACUGUUGAGAUUCCAAGAUGGAUCAAGAUGUCAUCUCACUGCAAAGAAGUAUAUCUGCACGGGUUCUCUGAUGCCUCAACACUUGCACUUGCAGCUGUAGUGUAUGCAAGAGUUGUCGACGAGCACGACGUUGUUCAUGUCACAAUGUUAGCCUCUAAAACAAAAGUAGCCCCCCUGAAGCAAUUGACUGUUCCGAAGCUUGAACUUUGUGCUGCGGUGAUAUUAGCAAAGCUGCUGCAUGAAAUUUCAAGGUUAUUGAACAUACCUAUGCACAAAAUCUACGCGUGGACAGACUCAAUGGUAGUGCUUUCAUGGUUGCAGUCCCCACCCAGCCGCUGGCAAGUAUUCGUUGGCAACAGAGUGUCAGAAAUUAUCCAGCAUAUAGAUAACGACAGGUGGAGACACGUUUCGUCGGAAGACAACCCAGCUGAUCUUGCCUCAAGAGGUAUCAGGGCAAGUGAACUAGCAAACAAUGAACUUUGGUGGAGUGGACCCAGAUGGUUAAAGGAGACAAACACUGAGAUGUUAAGGGCCAUUACAAUUCCAACAACAGAUCUAGAAAGCAAGAAAUCAUUCCACACUUCAGUACAAGACACACCUAUUUGGGAGAGAUUUUCGUCGAUGGUCAAGAUGAAAAGAGUGAUAGAUCAAUGUAAGAGAUUUUUAGAUUAUAAAACCAGAAGACAUGAUAUCUUGAGCGCUGCUGAAUUGGAUGAAGUUGAAACCUGCUGCGUGAGAUAUUAUCAGAAACUAGUAUAUAGCCAAGAAUUUGAAGACCUGAAAAAGAAAGGAAAGGAGCAGGACUUACCACCGGCCAAGUGGCUGCUAGGCAAGAUCACGGCACUGCACGCAGGGCCUGAUAAUUUAGUUCGUGUUGUAACGGUCCAGUGCAAGGGCAAUCACAUUCUAAAGAGACCGUUGUCUAAAUUAAUAUUGUUACCUAAAACUUCAGAUUAA